CCUCCCCCCCCCCCCCCCCCCCCCCAUCGAAUCCCGACGGCUUCGGCCUCGAUCUUUAGAUCGAGCUCGAUCCAUUUCGAGGAGAUUCCCGUCGUCGCCUCGCUCCCCAGACCUUAAUUCCAUCUGAAAGUUCCCAAUCGGUGAGCUUGAUUCCAGGGUUUCCGUUGUCUUCUUUAAGAUUUCGUUCAUCCUAUCUCGAUUCGAUCUCUGAUCUUGGUAAAGGUACCACCCUCUCGUUCUCUGGCUAUGAUCGUCUGCCAGUUCUAAUAUUUGCCCAAAUCCGUGGAGAAAAGUGUCAGCUUUAUCGAAUGUUUGUUCUCACCAUCCACGCCGCUCGUCUCUGAUUCCUUAAGGACGGUGCCUUUCUUGUUUUCCCUUGAGAUUUAAGCCUUUUUCACUUGGAUUUGUCACUUGCGGCGAUCUCUUUUUCUCUCGAUUUAUUCCCUUUUAUUAGCAUUUCUGGCUAUUGCUUUUGUAUUCUUCUUGAAUUUGGAUAGAUGGCAGGGGAAAGCUGCAACCUUGACAAAGAUGAAGCUGAGAUCCUCAAACCCUCGUCCUCCUCGUCUUCUUCUUCUUCUUCUUCCUCUUCUCCGUCUCCCUCUCCUCCGCCCGCACCACCGUCCCCACCUUCUCUUUGCCUGAAGCCUCCCCAGGAGCUCCCAGUUCCCGAGAUGCCUGAGAAUUCAGGAAAUCCAGCGGCGGCCGAUUCCGGCGCCGCUCUCUCUUUCGAGAUGAAGAUUAGCAAGCAGGCCCCUCCCCUUCGCUACAUCAACCGGUGCUCGACUUGCCGGAAAAGGGUGGGGCUCACCGGCUUCCGGUGCCGGUGCGGGGAUCUCUUCUGCGCUAGCCACCGGUACUCCGACACCCACGACUGCUCCUUUGAUUACAAAGCUGCUGGAAGAGAGCAGAUUGCGAAGGCCAACCCCCUCAUAAGAGCUGCUAAGAUCAUUAAGAUUUGAGUUUAAUCCUCUUAUUUGGAUCUUCUUCAUGGUUGCAUUAUCUCUGUUAUCAUGGGCUACUCCACAAGAGAACAAGAUCCAUGUGAACUAUUUGUCAUUACAUAUGUUUCAGCAGAAGCAAUCAGCAGAACCAAUUCUUUUUCGAAUGCAAGCUUAUCAAAGCAUAUUUGACGGUUGAAUCCUCUUAUUGGGAUUCUCUUCAUGUUAGCCAUAUCUAUGUUGCCAUGGGCUACUCUACAAGAGAACAAGAUCCAUGUGAACCAUUUGUCAUUACAUGUGUUUCAGCAGAACCAAUUCUUUUUCAAAAGCAAGCUUAUGAAAGCAUAUUGGACAGUUUGAUCCCCUUCAUGUUAGCCAUAUCUAUGUUGCCAUGGGCUACUCUACAAGAGAACAAGAUCCAUGUGAACUACUUGUCAUCACAUGUGCUUCAGAACUUCUCCCUAGUAAUGCAUAAGAUGCUAAACUUUGUUUGCAGUGACUUUUCCCUUGUAAAGGCUGUUGAGGCAGCUUACUUUUGGAUGAUGUUAGGUGCUCACUUUUACCUUUGUUGGAUGCUUUGCAGUUACCCAAUCAUACAACAUUCUCUUUUCUAAAGGAAAAGAUGGAAGUGUAUUCA